UUGGGUUUUGCUGCUUUGGCCGGGGAGAUGAUGUUAAGAAAAAAUCCCACGCAAGCACGAAGGCCCUUGCCAGACUGUGGAGUGACCUCCUCGGUGUUUUCAUAGCAGCCUCUCAUAGCUUCCAGGAGAGAAAGGAGAAGCGCACUGUAUUUCUGCUAACCGUGAGCCCUGCAAAGGAAUCUGGAGCCCUGUUUUAUUCCAAACCUUCAAUAAGUUCUGUGUGUCAGAGGACACAUUGGGCCAAGUCAUCCAGGAGACAGGUUGCACAGACUGUGAAAAUGAUGACGUGCAGUUCUAGUGUGAUGGGAAGGUAUUUGCAGGGAGAGAUGAGGGGUGUGUGGAACUGGAUAAUGGAAGGGAAAAAAUUUUCUUGCAAAGUGAAAAAAUUUGAGAUAGGUCAGUGAGAAGUAUGCAGGUCAUAGUACUGUUUUGAAAUGGAAACCUGUUCUUUGUAGACUCUUCAUAUCCUUCAUGAUCACAGAAAUUCAGAGGGAAGCCAGCUGUCAUCAGAAGGGAAAAUUCAUUGCCAAAGGAUUCCCAAAGCCAGAGACUCCGUGGAAGUCCUGUGUUGUAUAAUAGAGCUUACUGGGUUAGUGAUGAAGAUAUAAUAAAUCUCAUUUCCUGUUACUCAUGGAGAUAAGUGAAGAUGUAGAAAUUCAUCCAUGUAGACAACCUGACCAAUGUCCUCCUGAGCAAUGGAGGACUUUCCCAUACUUCUGUGGUUCUUCCUACUCAAGAACACACUCUGAAGAGUCAGUGUUGGGGAAGACAAAUAAUUCAGUGUGCUUCGUGAUCCGCUGAUCAGAGGUUCAUAACAAAUAGCAGAAGCUUCCAGUUCUGUGAGAGAGACAGGGCUUCACAGAAAUGUUGGGCAUCACCUAGGCUUCUGGCUCUGAAUUGAGGAGCUGGCCCCCUGGAAGGGAAUGUGGUGGCCAGUCUUUGUCAGAGCCUGAAUAGACAACAGCAGAAUGAGUGGGACGAACUUGAGUUUCAGGAAAGUCACAAGUUUAGCCUGGCAGUGGGUCAUGCUGAUAAGAGGAGACAGAUAAAUUCUUGGAAGAAAAACCCACUGAGGGCUAUUCAAUACAAAAAUAUUGCCUCUGGCUCAGGAAAUUCCUUAACUGCAAAUUGUCCAAAAGAUAGAUUAUAAAAAUAGAUUGUAGAUUAUACCUAAAAGAUAUAUUAUUGUAAGAAAAUAUCACUGUACGCUUAUUUUAUUUUUAUGUUCUCUCCUAGGCAUCUGUUUUUAACCACUGCUGGAGACAGGAUGCUAGUGUAGAUGGACCCUCAGCCUUGACCCAGCAUGGCCAUUCCUAUCUUAUUACUUUUGGCUGAGGAUUGCAGCCAGGGCCUGUGACCUCUUGCUAGCACUCUGAGCUCUUGCAAAAGUUGGAGAUAUUUACCCUCAUAAGAGGAAAGGAAACGGACAGUUUCAUGCACUCUUAUGCACAGUAUUUCCUGUUGCCAAGGGCAUCUUUGUGUACGCCAUUAGGACUCGUGCAGUGGGGUUCAGUUCAGAGUCAGAAAACAUCAUUAUUGAGGUUUCAGCAGUCUGUGCUUUCAUCAUAGGAGUUGCAGAUCUGAGGCACUAUUCGGCUGCUCGCACAAAGGCAUCUCAAGUCAUUUGAGAGGCAUCAGGAUAUCUCACACAGCCUCUACCUCCUGAUGGACACAGGUCAUUUGUACAUCCAGUGGCAUACCAUGUUAACAUGUCUUGGACACUGGGGUCUCAAGUGACACCUUAUGCCUUUGUGUGGGCAAACAAGCCAAGCUCCUUUGGGACACAGCAUCCCCAUUACAGGCAACUUGUUGGUGCUGUGCAGCUCCAGAGGACAUGUUUGUGGUUUCUACAACAGAACCAGUUCCCUGUUGUCUCGAUGCAUGCUCCAUUCCUGGCUAAGCUUAGAAUGCUAAAAAUCAGUGUCUCCUGCAGCCUUGAAUAGUUCAGCUUUUGGCCACUCUGUCCAGUGGGGCUCUAUCAGCAGCUCCUCUGUUACGCUGCCUGGAGUACAGACACUUGUAGGAUGCAGCUUUUCCAUUCCAGCAGGUCUGCCCUAAGUGUGAUCUUUUUCAGCAGCUUAUUUCAUUGUACAGUCAUCUUUAGGGAUGUGAAGUUAUUUGGUUCGGUACGUUUGUGCUAACUCUUCCUGAUGAAAUUCAAUGAUUUUUGUUUCCUCCUGACCUGUUAUAAAAGUUCUACUUUCCUGCUUGACGAUUACUGAGUCUGUUUUCUGUCUUUUCUCAUCGUGCUAAUCAUUUUGCACUUUAGGUCUCAUGUUUUUAUUUUUUCUGUGCAACACCUCGGGCUUUUGUUUGACCAUUGGAGGAAUAUAAAGGCCGUGCUGUGUUAGUUAGAUGCUGGGUGGAGUGAGACAGCUUAGCUUGGAGGAGCUUUUUGCUACUUUGUUGUGUCGGUUUGCAUCCUUUUUCUUUACAGGCCUGCAAAGCGAUCUCUGACCCUCGGUUGCUCUCGUUAACCUGUACUGUCAGGCAUUGUUUCCAUCUGGGGACUAAUCCACACCAAAUUAGUGAAUUGUCUUUCAUUCCUGCAGGUUCACUGGACCUACUGGCAGUUUCAGUGUGAUAGGGUCCCUGGUUUGCAUUUGUAAUAAAACCCUGAGGCUCCGGUGUUUUGUUUUGAAAUCUUUGCCCAGCUCUCAGGUUUAUCCUGUAGGGAUAAAUGGGGUCUGGGGUCACAGCAUGAUGCCAUCAGAAGUCUGUGUGUAAGCCAGACUACAUGAGUUGGGAGAAUGCUUGUGUUAAUGUGAAUGUGUGGCAGCUGUGUGUGGUGGGGUGAUGAGCUCUGGGCACCAGUCUAGAAAAACACAGGUCAGGGCAGCAUAGAUGCCACUUCUGCAGCUGGGAGAGGCAAGGAGAGAAAACACGGAGGAAAUACACUUAAAAUGAACAUUUCUAUAUUGAGCACUAAUAUUAGUAUGCCUUUAAAUAAUUGCCUGUUCUUGCCUAUUCAGCAAUAUUUUGGGUUGUGAACCUGGCUACCUAGGGGACCAAGGCACAUGGAAGGUGGUGCUGGUGUGCCAGUCCUUCCCGUGGAACCUCUGAACCCGCUGGUUAAUUCAAAGUGCCUUUAAUCAUGAUUUCAAAGACACUCAUGUACCUGGCAUGAAAUGUGCACACCUCACGGCAACAGGCAGGUGGCAGAGAGGUGGGACACGAGUUUGUGCUUAAGUAAGGAAAGACCUAAAAUCUGAACUUUCUGGCUGGUAAAGAAUUGUCUGAGUCUUCUCCCUGCUGUAGGUCUGAGGAGAAAGGGGAGAGGAAAAUGGCAGACUGGGAAUGCCUUAGCCUCAGGAAAAGCUUUGAUCAGAUCUGACUCUUUAUUAGAUUGAGGAUAAUCCAGUCACAAGGUGCAAAACUAUGAGAUAGAAGCAGAGGAUGAGGCCUCAGGAGCUGGGCUGCCUUCAGACCUGCUCGUUACCGAUGAGGGCUGUGCUAUAGCAGUGCUUACUGGGCUCCUACCCUCAUCCUGCACUGCCAGGAAAUCCUUGACUCUGCUACUGCCAUGGUACCAGUGAUCUCUAGCUGUGCCAGUCUAAUCCUCUGAGUGAUCAGUACUUUUCUGAUUGAUACUUGUUGGUACUUUUUUUAAAAUCUUAAGUAAAGGAGAAGUCUCUAGGGAGUUUCAUGUUUUUGUUAAUUCCUCUUUUCACAUUUCCUUUUACUUUCAAGUUCUUCUGUGGUUGCAUGUUGCAGAGUGGCAGAGGCUGCAAGGUUUCUUGUCACUUUUCCAAAGGCUUAACAUUGAGAUUUAUAAUUCAUUUUUAAGCAACAGCUGUUUAUAAUAGAUCUGUGUCCAUCACUGUCAUGUUUGGGAAGUUCACAGCAGUGAAGGUGAUAGGCCUGCUUGCCCUUCAGUUAUCCCAGAGGGGAGGUACACACCCUUUCUGCCUGAGAUCUCCACUAGCUCUUGCACAAUAUAAAGCUUGUUUUAGGGGCUCCUUAGAAUUUUACAUGCAGUUCUGGCUGGCGAUUGGGCAGUGGUGUGAACAAGCUAGUGUGUUUGUCUACAUUUAUUAGAAAAAGCUAAUAUGAAGACUAAUAUGAAGCUAAUAUGAAUGGAGAUUUCCUCCCCAGUUAUUUUAUGAUUUUAAAUACUCUGAAGUGUGUAACAGUGAGAGCGGACAUUAGAGCAGAGACUUUUAUGUACAUGAUGCAUCUGUUGAAAGUAUACUGGGAUAUACUAGAACUAAGGAUAAUAGGAGAUUGGUUUAAAAUGAAUAAAAUAAAAGUAUUUAAAAAGCAAGAGUGAGCUUCAGGAAUUAAUUGCUAGAGGAAGUGGUGGAGGCAGCAUCAAGAGGUUCAAAAAGAGGUGAGAGAAAUCGUAGGUACCGAAAAAACUAGACAGGGGGUUUCCCUCUGAUAUCCAUGAUCCAUGAAAUAGCUGUUCCUGUUUCAAAGAACCCCAGCAGUGUAAAGCCUCCUGCAUUGGUUAUGUGUUUUUGCAGAGGAGGACUGUAGGAAAUACUUACAGAAGAAGCAGGAGCAGGCCGACCAGCCACUUCAAGUGCCAGCAGUAGACAGCAGCGUGCCAAAGACGUCAGAACUGAUGGGUAUUACCACCAGGGACGACCCGUAUGGGAACGGAGCAGAGAUGUUUGAUGCCUUCAUCUGCUACUGUCAGAAGGACCUUCAGUUUGUCCAGGAGAUGAUCAGGGAGCUGGAACAAACAGAGUUCAAACUGAAGCUCUGUGUAUUUGAUCGGGAUGUCUUGCCAGGAACGUGUGUGUGGUCCAUCAGUGGAGAACUUAUAGAACGGAGGUGUCGGAGGAUGGUGGUUGUCAUUUCAGAUGAUUACCUGGAAAGCGAUGAAUGUGAUUUUCAGACCAAAUUUGCUCUUAGUCUUUCCCCGGGUGCUCGUCUCAAACGGCUGAUUCCAGUCAAGUGCAAAACCAUGAAGAACGAGUUUCCAAGUAUCUUACGGUUCAUUACAAUUUGUGAUUACACCAAUCCUUGCACGAAAAAAUGGUUCUGGAUGAGACUGGCAAAAUCCCUCAUGCUGCCAUGAUGCAAAGUCCUGAGAGCAGGGCGCUCUUCUGUAGUCUGUCCCGGCUGUGCCUUCAGACCGUGGGGUUGUUCAUGCAGGGUCUUUCACAACUUCAGAACCUGGAUCCUUACAAUCGGUGUUUAAAGCCUGCGACCAGGAGCAAAGAAUUUUCUCUAGCACUUUUUCAUAACUUGGAAGGGGAAAUAAAGCAACUGUGUGGGUGUUGAUGUUCCAGUCAG